ACCCUCCCCCCAUUUCCACAUAAAUGAACACCUCUCUCUUUCUCUCUCCCUGUUGUAGCUCCUCAAGUGUCAUUUUCUCUCAUAUACUUCACACAAAAGAAACAACCAUUCACUUCAUACCUUGUCAUUUCUUCUCUCUAUCUCUUUCUCUCUCCGUCUCAACUCUCUACAACCACUCUCAAAUUGAUCUGAAUUCCAUCCCAAAGAAAACCCAGAAAAUCUUACCUGAAAAUUUUUAAACUCUUUUGACCAAAUCAUAUCCUUAGCCUCCAACCCAUUUCAUCUUUCUUGAUCCUUAACAUACUCCUAUUAGAAGAUAAGCAACAGCAGCAACAACAACAAAAACAAAGAGAAGGAGGAGAUAAGGUCAUAAGGAGAACUAGAAAGGGCUUUUUUUGUUGCUCAAACAUGGAGCUAUUCCCAGCUCAACCAGAUUUAUCUCUCCAAAUUAGCCCACCCAACAGCAAACCCUCAUCAACAUGGAGAAGAACAGAAGAAGAGAUGGGUUUGGGAUUCUGGAAGAGAGCUUUGGACUCCAGAAACACUAUGUCUUCAUUGGCAAAACCUGAUGCCUGUUUUGAGCUCUCACUAUCAAAUCCAAGGGUUUCAGAGUCCAACUCCAACCAUUUUCACCUUCUCCAAAACAACAGCAAUUACAAUGGUAACAAUGUUUUCGAUUAUUUACCACAAAACCAGUACCAACACCAACUCCAACAAAACCAUCUUCAUCAUCACCAUCCUCUCUUUCAGCAGCAGCAGCAGCAGCAACAAGGGCUAAGCCAAGAGCUUGGUUUAUUGAGACCCAUCAGAGGGAUUCCGGUAUAUCAAAAUCCUCCUCCCUUUUCAUUCUCUCAACAACCUUUGGAUAGUGCUGGUUCUCAAACUUCUUCUUUAGCAACCAAUAACUCGAGCUCCGCAAGUUUAAGACCCUAUCAGUCUCCAGGUUUGAUGAGAUCACGAUUGAUGUCAAGAUUUCCAGCUAAACGCAGCAUGAGAGCACCAAGGAUGCGGUGGACUACUACCCUCCAUGCUCGCUUUGUUCAUGCUGUUGAGCUAUUGGGUGGCCAUGAAAGGGCUACACCCAAGUCAGUUCUUGAGCUGAUGGAUGUGAAAGAUCUCACCUUGGCGCAUGUUAAAUCUCAUUUACAGAUGUAUCGGACUGUAAAGACAACGGAUCGAGCAGCAGCUUCAUCAGGACAAUCAGACGUAUUCGAUAAUGGAUCAUCAGGAGAUACUUCUGAAGAUUUGAUGUUUGAAAUCCAAAACUCAAGGUCUGAACUAUCAAUGCAACAAGGAAAACCAAGUGGUCACCAGGACAAGGACUAUCAUGGCCUCUGGAGCAAUUCGUCAAGCAGGGAAGAUUGGUUGCAUGUGAAAUCAAAGGAUUCUUGUGGAAACUUACCAUCGCUUAAGCACAAGGACGCGGAUCCAAAUUGCUCAAUUUAUGAAAGAAUAUCAGAUGUAAGCUCAUCAACCCUUUCAGGGACGAGCCCCAAGAAGCCUAAUUUGGAGUUCACCUUGGGCGGGCCACAUUGAUAAUCCCACUACAGUGUAUUAUCAUUUUGAAAUCAUUAUAUCUCUGAGAAGGGAUUGGUGAUGAAGAGAAUCAGGUACCCAGCAGAGAAAAUCAGAGAAAAGAAAGGAAAAAGAAAAAAAAAGAAAUGAAAAAGAGAAAGAGAAAAGAAGAGAAAAGAAAAGAAAAGAAAAAAAGAGCUAAAGAAAGACAAGGAGACAAGAAAGACAGAAAGCAUCAAAAGGAUAAAGAGCAGAAAAAGCAUGUCUUUCCUGUCAAGCUGUGAGAUCUAAAUUAACAUUUUAUAUUCCCACGUAAAUAUGAAAUCUAAUUGAUUUUGUAUGUUGUGCACUCAGAGAGAAGAAAAGUAAAAAAGAAAGAAAGAAAGAUUUUUAGAGAGAGUGAAAGCUUUAACUAUCUUAGAGUAUGAAGUGAUCUUUGGUAAUUGUAAUGAAGCACUUUACAAUUACAAAAAUAUAUAUUUUCUAAUUUUUACCAAAAA